AUGGCGAAACCAGAAGAAUGGGUUGGCACAAGGGAGCGUGCUGAUAACACUAGAACCUUUGCAUAUGCAGAUGACCUAGCAAUAACAGUUGAAGGCAAAGGGUUCGAAGAUAUCGAGGAGAAAUUAGAAAGCGCCCUAAAAACAAUGUCAACCUAUUACAAAAAGAAUUCUUUAAAACCCAACCCCACCAAAACUAAAUUUGUACACGGUGCGCCCUAUCAAGAACCAGUACCAAUUUUAUCACAAGAAUCUGAAAUAAAUCCUGACGGUUCUUACAGAUGGAGUUAUCGAAGUGGAGAUGGUACAGCUCAACAACAAUCUGGUAAAUUACAUCAAGUAGCAGUAGGCCGUGAUCCAGUAUUGGAAGUGCAAGGUUCAUUUUCGUGGUACGAUCCAGAAGGAAAAUUGCAUGAACUGACUUAUGUUGCAAAUGGAGAUGGAUAUUACCCGCAAAGUGCUGACAUUCCUGCAAUUCCGCCAGCUAUUCUUAAGGCACUGGAAUGGAAUGCUGCUCAUCCAGAAGAAGAAUCUAGUUAGAAUGAACUUUAUUUCAGAGUAUGUGUUAAAUACUUAAAUG